AUGCCGGCCUCCAAUCCGCAGUUAUACACCAAGGAAUCCUCCGAGCGAGGCCGGGUCGCCGCCCGCGUUGCAUCCUCUGAAAGACAGAGGGCGCUUCGCAUUGUCCGGGCGCGGCCGGCGGAGCCGGGCGCAGCCGGGCCCGCGCCCGCCGCCAGCGUAGCCGCGAGAGCGGGCUGUCAGCCAGAGGCCGACCGCCCGCCCAGCGCCAGCCAGCAGCGCGCGCAUCGCCCGGCCGCACCCGGCCCCGCGCAGCGCAGCCGACACGGCAGCGCGCAAGCGCACAGCCCGACCGGCAGCCAAGACCCGCCACUACCCCGGCCAGCCGCGCCGCGCCCGGCUAGCGCCGGGCGUUCACGCGCGAGGCCGGGGCCACAGCAGGACCCGCCGCCAGCGAGCCGCGCGAAGCGCACCGCCGUGCGCACAAGUCCAGCAGUAGCGCGCCAACUCACGUCGACACACUCCGCUGCACGCGCACGCACUACGUACGAGCUUGGAUACUAG